UCUGCAACCGUGAGGAUACUCUAUCUUUGUGAGAAGCAUGUCACAUAUUUUCCACAGGCAUCAAGGGCUCCUGCUUCUAUUUAAAUCUGUGUGGUCCUCUUCAGAGGGCAUUACUCACCUCAGGAAGCCCAUUCAGAAGGUGCUGAGCAGGAGGGGAGAAGCCAGGAUGGCAGCAGACAGCAGCAUGGCUCCCGAAGAAAAGCCAAGCGCUGCUCCUGUGAGAAGGGCUGUCCACAAGAUCCGGAUGGCCAGCCAGGUCUUCAGCUUGGCACGAGGCUGGCAGCAGUGGGCAUCUGACCACCAUGUAAAGCAAGAGCAAGAGCCCUCUGGAUGGGUCCCCACUGCAGAAAGCUCAUCAGCUCAGCCUGUGCCAGAAGGUUCCUUUGAAAAAUGGCAAAUGCCAACCGUCAAGAGGGACCAAGAAAAAGAUGAUGAAAAAUCCUUAGCAAAGGAUUCGGUGACAAUAAGAGAUGCUGAAAAAAACGCAAGGGAAUCAGAUGAAGACCUCAAAAUGUUCAGCAUUAAAAGCAAGGAGGUGACCAAAACAGUUGUCAGCAAAGCCUAUGAACGAGGAGGCGAUGUCAGCCUCCUCAGUGAAAGAUACGAGAACAACAACAGCAGCUCCGAGAUGACCAAACUCAAAGAAGAAUCAAGUGCUAUUGAUAAAAUUCUUAGUAACAAAUUACCUUCAAGCAUAAGGAGGAAGUGUUCAAAUGUGGUAUCAGAGCUGACCAAGGGCUGGGAGAAGAUGGAAGAUGAGGACAGGGAUGGGGGCAAGGGAGAGCUGCUGCUGAAGUGCCGUGAUGACAGCCUGGAUGCCCAGGACAGUGGCUAUGGGGAAGCAGAGGACAAGCUUGAGCAGGAAGACAGUGACCAGGAGGUGACAGCAGUGAGGAUUAAACGGGCUGUCCCAUCUCUAGCCAGCCGGCUGAGCGAGGAGGCGCGGAGCAAGGCGCGCAGGAAAUGCAGCGCCGUGCACAGCCUCAAGGACAGGUGGCAGGAAUGGGCCGACCAGCACAUCGCCACGCAGAAGCUGAACCCCUUCAGCGAGGAGUUUGACCACGAGCUGGCCAUGGCCACGCGCCUGCACAAAGGAGAUGAAGGGUACGGCCGCCCAAAGGAAGGAACCAAAACUGCCGAGAGAGCCAAGCGAGCUGAAGCCCACAUCCACCGGGAGAUCAGGGACAUGUGCUUCAUCAUCGAGUCCAUGGCCAAGCCGCGGCCCGACGGCAAGAUCCAAGUCACUUUUGGGGAACUCUUCGACAGAUACGUUCGUAUUUCAGACAAGGUUGUUGGGAUUCUGAUGAGAGCCAGGAAACAUGGGCUGGUGGACUUUGAAGGAGAAAUGUUAUGGCAAGGAAGAGAUGAUAAUGUCAUCAUUACUUUAUUAAAAUAAGUGAGGCUAUAACCAGAACAACUUUUGGAAAACUUUUCUCCUCCCUUGCCAUUAGCAUUUGCACACUUUGAACAUAAGAUUCCCCUGUUCACCAUAUAGAAAAGUGUACUUUUUGAAAUAUGUAUUUUAUAAUUAGUGCAUGAAAACCCAAACACCCAAAUGGACUUUGUUUUGUACCAGAAGUGCUUUCAGGACAAUUAAGUUAAUUGCUACAUAAAAAAUAAGGAGAAAAACCUAUAUGGAAUAUAAGCAGCUGAUGAUAAAAGCCCAUAGCAAUAUAAAUAGCUACAGGAAUAUGAAACAACCCAGAUCAGAACCUGAAUGACAAAAUAAACUCAGACAAAGGUUUUGAUCUAGAAAAUGCUCUUGUGCAUGCACUAAUUAAUUGAUUUAAAUACAAGUAAAAUCACCUUAUUUUAAUACAGAAUUAAAGAUACAUUUGUUUUCUUUACAAGCACAAUAUGUAACUAUUACUGCAGUAUUCUCUUGUUGAUACAACUGUUGACACAGCUUUCUCUUACAUAUAACAUAAAAAAAUCUUUUUAUAAAUGGGAUUUUAUAUUUAUUGUAUUUAUAUAACUAAUUUUUUAGACUGUUUAAUAUUUAAACUUAUGGAGGUUGGAAUGUAAUGAAUAAAAGUUUUAAUUAGAUAGCUACAAAAAAAUACCUUCCAUGUAAUGUUGUGCAAUGUCUUAUCUGAUUAUCUAUGCUGAUACUGUUCUUAUAAAUACAGGGAAAAAUAAUAUGUAACAUAUAAAAACUAGCCAGGUACUUGUACUUUUAUAUACAGCAAAAAAGUGACUAACAUCAUCACCUUCCAUUGAAAUGUACUUCUCUGAAAAAAAGAGAGAAACAGCAUCCAUAACUUUGAGGAAAAUGUUCUUCCAUAUUACACAGAAAUACUGACCUAAUUUUACAGUAUUUGCCAUUCCAAUAUCACUAAACAAUGUAUUUCAUUCCAGGCGAUGCUAGAGAGGACUAAGUGCUAAUGAACUAAUAUUUUUAGGACUUAAAAUUGUAUUAUUCACAAAUCUGAGAUCUCUGUAAGGUCUCUGCUACUUGCUGGAUUAGAGAGAUCAGUUUCUCUACCACUGUAAAAAAAGCUAUCCUGGUAAAAUGUGCAUGCUUCACAGGAAAAGCAUUUGCCCAGGCAUCUGCUCUGAAACAAGUAAUGAAAAAGAAGUGUUUUGUCCCCCCCUUAAUAUUCUUUCAAAUUAAAAGAACAAAUAUCUUCUUACAGAAGUAGAGGUAUCUUAACAUCUUGUCUCUGAUAUAACAAAUAUUGCUGUCUUAUUAUGAGUACAGGUACUCCAGUUUGAAGCUUUGCUGUAUAAAUAAAUCAAAUAUUUUAUAACUUAAUGAUACAAGAACUAAUUACAUCUAUUUUAAAUCUAUGCAAAUCAUUGAUACUUAGACAUAGUUAUAGUAUAUGACUCCAAAGAAGAAAAAAUUGUAAGAUGGAAUCAAUGGAGCUUAUUUAAUAGUUUCUUGAGAUCUCUUAAGACUACUCAAGCUGACCUACAAAACUGAUGUCUUAGUGCAAUACUUACAUAAAAUAAUUUUUACCUGCAUAUUCUUACCUUAUUCUUUACAUCUUUAUACAAUGACCUUUUAUAGCUGUCUAAAUUGUCUUGAUAAAACUUUGUUGUCAAAGGAAUACAUGAACUCCUUAAUUAUUACUUGGGUUCUUUUCCCACACACUAGGAAACAAAUACGUGUGCAUAUUCAGUGAAGUAAGGUGUCACUAAGUUGCUUCAAAACAUAAGCACACAUAUAUUCUCCUUUUCAUAGGCUGUUAAAAUAUUUCCUCUGAAGCUUUCUCUGUCCAAAGCACCAGAAAAAGAUUUCAGAGUACAUGGCAACAGACUUUAUACAAAACACCUGUACAAAAAAGACACACUAAAUUCACGUAAGUGCUAAGUGAAUUAAGCUCACAGACUGGUAGCUCACUGCAGGUAACUUAAGCCUCCUAUUCAGUCAUCCCUAUGCAAAAUAAACCAAACCCCCACUUUCUCCUAUUCUUCCCCUCAAACAAUUUUAUUUCCAAUCAGAUGAGAAAACCACAUGACAUAGCUAGUAUUUUUACUAGUACUGCCCUCCACUAUUUACCUUUGAGUAGGCAGUAUCAUGCAAAAUUUCUGAAAAUAAUUUACCAUUUUUGUCAAAAAGAAAUAUUAAAUGUUGAUAUAAGCAAUGGUGUUUGGAAGCAUUUCGUGUAGGUUAUAUGCUUCAUAGCAUAUUUUACAUUAGACAAAUUUAUCUAUGGUGUGGGAGAUAAUAAAUCUGACCUCACUGAAAAACAAAACUAAAAGUACUCCCUGAAUUACCCACCCUAACUCUCCUGCUAUACUGUGUUACAUUCCUGUGAAACUAGCACAACCUCUGCCAAAUUUAAAUAUUCUAAGCAGAGAUUAUAAAGGUCAAAACCUGCUUGAUUAAAGCACUCUGUAAAUUUUUAAGACCUGCUUUCCUAAUUCUGACUUGCUUUGAAAAUACAACUUUUAAUGUUUGAUGAGCAACUCUCAGCUACUCUCAUGGUAGCUUAUAGUUGCACAUUAUUUUCUUAAAUACUGUAUUCACUCCCAAAAUGUUUUACUUGAAACAGAGCUCCUGCACUCUCCUGUCUGAAGCUAGUGCUGGUUUUGCACAUACUUGGUAGUGAAAAAAUUGUAUCUUCUGUAGCAACUUAGAUACAUUUUUCACAUUCUAAUACAAAGUUUAAGUGACAGCAUGAAACUUGCAUCAGAAGAAAUAAAUUUAACUUUAACACAUUUGUAUUUUUCCAAGUCUUACCACACUGGCUCGAAGCAACUGGAAGGUUCACUGGACAUGUAUUCCACCCAGUAGAAAUCAGCUCCCUCCUCCACAGCAAUAACUCUUUCUUUACAAAUGUUUCUGUACAAGCAAGGUUCAGUAACACAGCUCAUUUUUAAAACAGGAGAAGGCUAUUGCACUAAAAUGAGCUGUAGUGAAGAGCAUACUAUUCAUGGUGAUAUGUUCAAUCAUCACUCAUCACAGGACAGAUAGCGGCAGGCUCUCCUGCCACAGCCAUUUCUGCUGCUCUGCACACAAUGCACUGCCCCAACAUCUCAACUAAAGCCACUGCUGACACCUCAGGGCACAAAGCAGUUUAGCAUUCAACAGCACGUGUACUAUUAGCAGUGUAAUUAUCACAGGAGAAAACAAACUAAGAUUACACAGCUUGUGAGGGAAGCAGGGCAGCAGAAAGCAGAGCUGGCAUUGGCACUUCUGCAGUGAGACAGCCAGCAGGACUGGCUUGCACAUACUACACCAUGUGUACACCAUUCCCUCAGUUGGACAAUUCCUCUCCCUGCUCCAGAAGCACAGUGUAGCCCUCUAUCAUUGCAGUAGCACAUACUCUUUAAGAGGAGAAAGAGAAGCCUUGCUCCCUUAAUUGAGCUCUAAAUGGCAAUAACAACAGUAAAAUACCCUGAUGACAUCUGCUCUUUUAUGAAGGGAGAACAUAUCAGUGAGAUUUAAGAUUCAAAUACUGAAUGAAGAAUACAAGAUUAUUUUUUAUUUGAAGUGGAAGGAAUAGUCAAUGUUCUUACUUAUCUUCCAAGAGCAAAUUUUAUGCAGACAUUCUAAUUCCUGUACAAAAAGAACCCCUCUAAUAUAAACAGGUGAGCAGGAAGAUGCAAGCACAAGCAUUAUGCCAUAAACUAUGACCUUUCUGCAGAAUACACAAAAGCAGUAACUAACACAGAUAGGAUUUAGAACCAAAAGGUGUAAUUUAAGAAUACCAUGUUUGGACCCCAGGUACUCAAAUAAAACAUCAAGUUACUCAGUGAAUCCAUCUAAGUACUGGAUGCUGAGAAACACUCUUCUGGCAGCCAACUCCAGGUAACAGGUCUCAUAAGCCUUCAGGGAAUGUCAGAUUUUCAAUGCUUUACAAUCACAGAAAUAAACCUUUCCAGGAAAGAUGGAAAGGAAUUCUACUGUAAAAAAAGUAUAAUGAACUGAAGGCAGAAGGGACAUCAAAACUGCGCUUUUAUGUGUGUCAUACAGAAAUUAACUACAUCUCUGAUGAUAAAAUUCAUGGUCUUGCCUAAAUAGACAUGUACUACUUUCUGUAGAUCCCUUACAGUCAGUUGCUUCACCAAGCAUUGCCACAGUCACUUCUGCUUCUAUUUCUUAACUAAUUUAGUAUUUUACAAGCAUGAUUGCUAAUCUACUGCUUACUAAACACUAGCAAGCAUUAAUUUUCACUUUUUUGCUUCUUAUUUGCUUUUCCAAGACUGGCCCAAUACGUGGCAACAUUUAGCUACUAAAGAUUUUUGUGUGCUUUCAUUUAAUUAUUCAAAGCAUAAUUAUUUACAAAAUUCUUCACACCACCCUCUAAAAAACUAAAAUAUGCUUUAUUUGCAAUGUGAGCUUAGGAUAGAGAUGAUACAGUUGAAUUAAUGGGUUUUGUCAGCAAGGAUGAUCUGAGACUUUUCUUUUUCCUUCUCCUUCAAAACUGUUGAAGACAAUGAAUUUCAUUCCCAUUGCUUUCCAUGGGGCUUUAAAAAGCUCCAGAAAUGCCAGAAAAGAUGAGAAAAUGCAUCCUAUACAUUCAGUUGUUAAAUAAACAGCAAAAAACAGCCUUUGUGUUCCUACAUAAACUCAACCUUCUAAAUAAACUCCAACUCAAGUUUAUUUUUACAUAUAUUUAGAUUUAUUUGCUAUACAUCACUGUGAGCUUAUAGUACUUGAAAUCCAUUACAGGAUUUUUUUUUUUGUUGUAAUAAUCAGUUGUAACUCCACAAAGACAAUAAUACUGCUGUGGAAGACCAAAGGGGAGAAAAGCCAUUUCAAUUUAUUUACAGUUCCUUAUUUUGUAAACAUUUACUCUACACAUUGUACUAAGUUCUAAGAAGGAUAAAGAGAUAUACAUAGAGACAGGAAACAAAGCCCUGUUUUUCUAUUCAUAUUGAGCAUUAGCAUAUUAUAGAUGAAACAUCUGCCCUUUCUCAUUACCAUAGCAGUAAGCUGUCUUCAAAUAAGUUUUUUAACUUUCCAGAAAUGCAAAUAUUUUGAAAUAUACAACUACACCUACGUAAGCCAACCCAUUUGGCUUUUAUUCCAUUUCUAGAAUAAUUUAAAGUGCUAUAAGCAACCCGUCAAUCAACACUUUUCUAUAAUAACAAAACUACUUUAAACAUUAAUUUACAAGAUAAUAUACAAUGUUUGUCUGAAAUAGCUGAAAUUUCAGCACGAAGUCAGUCACUGUCACACUUAACAGCAAUUUUUUUGUUCUUUUUUGUUUUGUUUUGUUUUGCAGAACAUAGAAUAAAAGCUUUGAAACAAACAGUUUUGUUGAGCUGUUAUUGCCACAAUGGCUUAUCAAGUUUUCUACAAAAGUGGACAAGAGCUACUGGAACUGUAUUCUAGCCUGUCAUUUAUUUUUUGAGGUCACAUGACAGUAAGUUUGCAUAUUCCACAAGUCUACUGAAUUACAAUAUUGUCUACCUAUGAUACAUGAUGUCAUUUUAAUCAGAGCUGGUGCUAAUUGUAAAUUUACAACAUAGACCCACUCAAAAACAUCACAAGUUUUUUUUUUCUUUG